CGUUGGAUACUUUAUUCGAGUCUACUCGCGUACGCUCGCCGCCACGACACGGAAGAGUGUCAAAUAAAUACAGGUUGAAAUAUAUCCGCUGUCGGGUUCUGUGAUCCUGGUAUAUACGUGCCAUUUGAAGAAUGAAUUUUUGCCUGUUUUUUGUGUUGUUCGGUUAUUUUUUCGCGUGCACCAGCGGGAUGUUGUACCGGCGGGACUCCGAUAAUGUUUUGAAGCCCGAUCUCAUGCCAGUUUCCUCAACGGUACUACCCCUGCCGUACUACUCAGUGUACGGAUAUGAGAAGAAAUUACUCCGAGAUAAAAAUAAGAAGCGGCCCCUGGGGAAGAUCUCGCUAGUCACUAAAGAACCGAAAUAAAUACGAUAUCUAUUAAUAACCUCGCAUUAAGGUAGAUUGACCUUUUUUCACGUCUGCUGGGUAAAUUAGGAGGGAAUUAUUUGCAGUUAUGGUUAAAACCGAUUCUGCAAAGGACCCUAUAAAUUAGACUAACGUCAGAAAAAGGAAAUACUCCUAUGUUAUGUUAAUAUUAUGCGUUUUUUUUUGUUUUAUAUAUGUGAGGGUUUAAUGAAAUAGAACGCUUCAAUGGAAAGGAAAUUACAUGCAUUCGGUAAACUACUUUUUUUUUGAAUAAAUAUAUUUAACGAGCUUGGCUGAAUUCUUGAAUGGAUAGAAAAUAAAAUGCAUUCGUUGAAAUUAUAUUUUAUUACAACGGUUUACUACUUUUAAUAAUAUCGAUAUUUAAAGUGCUUUAUUACCAAUGCACCAAUGCUGUGCAAUGUUUAAGUCACUAAAUAAAAUUCAACUUACUGUUACCUUUAGCAAAUCGAUUAAAGUCCCAACUGAUUUGGUGUACCUCAGACCUUACAAUAAUUUCGAAACUUGUAUUCGUAAUAAACUGAUUACAGUGAAAUGUUAAUAAAAAAAGGAAAAACUGAAGUUUUAUCAAUUUAAUUAUGAAUUAUUUUGUUGAUUAUUCAAUGAUUAAAUUUAAUACUCUUGACUAAAAUGUUGCAUAGUUAGAAUACUACGUACCAUAGAUAUGGUACCUAAUAAACUUAGCCUGUAAAGAUUUUAACUGCUUAGAAAAUUAAUGCAAGCUUUAAAACUAAAGAUAUGGAACACGAGUAACUCUCUUAGAAACGGUAUUGUGAUCUUAGUUACUAGAUACUAAUAUUAUAUGUAGAAUAUUAAACAAUAUUAUAUGGAUAAAUGUAUUAAUGAUGAUAAUAUACUAUAGAUAGUAAUCAAAUUAUUUUAUCGCACACUGCUGCAAAACCAGCUACGUAUUUUUCAGUACAGUCAGUACUUGAAUCUGAGGUGCCGUCGUGCCUUAAUGACAGAUGACUGUAUAUAAUAAAAACGCAUUGACUGUUUGCCUCAAAAUGCCACUUGCGGCUUUUAUGCAAAAAGACCAAGAGCCUGCGGCUUUUUGCAGAACUUGCGGCAGUGUGCGAUCAACUAUAUAUAUAUAUAUAUUUUUAUACAAAUAAAUGAAAUGGAAGUUUC